AUGUCCGUUUGGAACCCAGACAAUAUCCGUGACGUUGCCGAAUCCGUCGGUAUCGUCAACCUCAACAACGAUGUCACCGAAAACCUCGCGCGGGACGUUGAGUACCGCAUCGCACAGGUGCUGGAGGAAGCACUAAAGUUCAUGCGUCACAGCCGCCGCACGCUGCUCACGACACAAGAUAUUGCGCUGGCAUUGCGCGUGCUAGAUGUCGAGCCGCUGUAUGGGUAUGAGACAACAAGACCGUUGAAGUUCGGCGAGGCGAGUCUGGGACCCGGCCAGCCACUUUUCUACGUCGAGGAUGAGGAGGUGGAUUUUGAGAAGUUGAUUAAUGCGCCGUUGCCGAGAGUGCCGAGGGAGAUUAGUUUUACUGCACACUGGCUCGCAGUCGAAGGCGUACAACCGUCUAUACCGCAAAACCCGACGGCCGCAGAUUCGCGUAAUCUUGAACUAAUGUCCAAGGGCCCGAACGCCAACGCUACGCUGGCGGCUAUGAGCGGGAAUGGAAACGUCGCGGUUAAGCCGCUGGUCAAGCAUGUCCUGUCUAAGGAGCUACAGCUCUACUUUGAGAAAGUCUGCAAUGCAUUCCUGGACGAGUCGAGCGAGAAGUAUCGGACAUCGGGGUAUGCGAGCUUGCGCGAAGAUCCAGGUUUGCACCAGCUUGUCCCCUAUUUCGUCCAAUUUAUAUCGGAAAAGGUCACGCAUGGCUUGAAGGAUAUUUUUGUUUUGACGCAGGUCAUGCAUAUGGCUGAGGCAUUGGUACAAAAUAAGUCUCUUUAUGUGGAUCCUUAUAUCGCCUCACUGGUCCCUCCCAUCCUCACCUGCUUAAUUGGCCGUCAGCUUGGUGGCACCGCCGACCUUUCCGAACAAUUCGCCCUCCGCGAUCUCGCUGCUGCCCUCCUUGGCCUCAUUGCAACCAAAUACUCUCAUUCCUCACACACUCUCAAACCCCGUCUCGCCCGCUCCUGCCUGAAAACCCUCCUCGACCCCUCCAAGCCCUUCGGCGCUCACUACGGCGCCAUCAUCGGCCUCCACGCCGUCGGUGGAUCUGAAGCCGUCCGCGUCCUCAUAAUACCUAAUCUACCUAUUUAUGGGAAUCUACUGAAGGAUGGUCUUGCUGAUGAUAGUGCACGACGCCCUGAGGCGGAAAAGGUCCUGGGCUUGCUGCUGGGUAUUCUGACAGCUCUGAAAGAGGAAAAGCCUGUGCUGACGAAUGGGCAUGGGCCUGGGAUGGUUAGUGAGGAUAUUAAGAGGAGGCUAGAGGGCAAAUUGGGCGCGUUCGUGGCGGAGAAGGUCGCGGAGUUGGGGGACGCGAGAGUUGCGCAUGCUAUUUUGGGAUAG